CGCAGUGAGACACUAGACGGCCAUUUUUAAUGGAUACCCAAUUAUUAAUCAUACUUUUGAUGAGCUUACAACCUGGAUUUGAGACAUAUUCUAGAUUUUACGAGAAAAACCAAAGGAAAUGUGCAAACUUAUUACGGGAGCCAUGCUACAGUGAGACGAAAAUUAUAGAUCAGUCAUGGCUUGAAUAUUUCAGUUGGAACAUGAGGUCAAAGAAAUGCUUAAAGACAUAUUUUAUGAAACCCUGUCCCUUGACAAUACGCCGCUUUGAGAAACACAUGAGUGACUAUUUAAAAACCAAGCUAGAGUGGACGGAAGCUAACCUGUUGGCGAAGAGUGGUCAGCACGAAAUGCUUAUGUUCGACGAUGAUGGCCCUCCAGGGUCGUAUCAGGGCAUACCCGAUUUGUCCCGAUAUGGUGAUAUAUACGAAUUUGCGAUGCAUGAAGUUGAACCAAUGAAAUUUGCUAUGAAGCUGAUGCAUAAAGACAAAUUUCUCAUAAUGUUGGAUUGUAUUGGAGGCCUAGGCCAUAUUAUGGUGAGGGCCAAUGACACAGUGCAAGAAGUUGAGGUCCUCUCAGUGGCUGAAGAAGUGGGCAUCGGGAAAGGGACCUUAGGCUGCGUGGACUUUCUUACUAAGCAAUAA